AACCUUCCACCCCUCCUCUCCCCUCCCCUUCCGCAACCUCAUCAUCAUCACACACCCAUACAUAUUCAACCCCACCAAAACCUGACCUGACCUUACCUUACCACCCCUUACCCUACCCUAAUUUUUUUUUAAAAAAAAACUCUUCAUCGUUGAAAAGAAGGAAAAGGAAAGAAAAAAUAAAAAAAAGAAAGGAAGAAAGAAAGGAAGAAAGGAAGGGAGGAAUUGAGGACAAGAAAAUUAUUUCCCAGCUUCUUCCCCAUAUCAGAGCUUUUUUCUUUUUUUUCCCCUCCUAUACUCCUUAUACGACUAUCAAUCAUGAAGGUCGAGGAACCGGAGCAGGGAAGCGCUUCCCCGGAAAAUGCAUCGUCCGUGUCGAGCUCCAAGAAGCGAAAACAUGAAGAGGCGACUCUCGAGGAGAAGCACCAAUUGUUCCUACAUUCGACUAGGAAUCCACAUCUUAAGCAGAGAGAGCUCGCCGAGUGGUUCGAGCUGACCUUCCAAAAAGCUAUCAACCAAUCUACAGUUUCGCGAAACUUGAAGAAAUUCAAGGCCAGCCUUGCACUGACAGAAGACCCAACAACCGGUAGCAACAACCAAAACGGCUCCCCCGCGACCCCCACGCCAUCGAAGAAGCAGCAAAAGCAGCAAAAGCAAGAACAGGUCAAGGAGAAGGAACAGGGAAAACAGCAGCAGCAGCAGAAGCAGCAGCAGGCGGAGGAGAAGAAGGUAGACGAAGCGAAAAAGUCCCCAACACAAAUUAGUGUUCCAAUCCGCCCGCCCCCACCGCCACCUACACCACCGGUGAAGCGUGGAGACGAGGAGGUAGCUAGCUCUGUGGAAUUAGACAAGGCCUUGCACGAAUGGUACUCCGGACAGUCCGACAAGUCCAACUUGAAUGAUGGCCCAAUAAGGGCGAAGGCGGAAGAGAUCAAUUCGCAGCUAUACCCCGACGAGAAGACCCGGAAGCAGAUUACCAAUGCCUGGAUUUGCUCCUGGAAGCUCAAGUACGCCAUCAUCCAGCCAGGCACGCCCGUCAGUCCAAAGAUUGAGAGUCGGCGGGGAGCGGGAGCGGGAGCGGGAGCGGAGGGAGACAAAGAUAGAGAUGAGGAUGAGGAGAUGAAAUCAGAGGGAGAUAGCGUCAGCAGCACCGCUUCUACCCCCCCGCCCAGGGCAGGCGAGUCGGAGGAGAAGAGAAGACGGAAGGAGAUCAAGAGGCUGAGGAAGGAUAUUGAGAAAAGGGACAUUCAGAUGGCGAAGGCGAAGAUAAGGAAGGAAGCAUCGCUCCGGAGAAUCGAGGAGCUAGAGAGGGAAAAUGCGGCGGCGAGAUGAUGGGAUUAACAUUUUCUUUUCCUCUCCUCUUGAUUCUCUUUUCAUUCAAUCGGCACACGCUUUAUUCCAUCAUACCUUUCUUCGGUCAUCUUUUCAUUUCAUUUCACCACUUUUCAGUCGAUGCAAUGAUAUCAUAUUAUCUAUUUGUCUGGGAGGGGAAUACUUUGUACAAUAGGGUAAAAAAGGCGCAAACGACGGACGGGGGUUCUUUUCUUUUCACGUUUUUCCUCUUCUAACGUUCAUAUUUGUUUUACUCUUUUUUGCUUCCUCUCUCCUUUCCUUUUUUUUUUUUUUUUUCCCCUUGUUUAGUUUUUUUUUUCUCAUCACUUUUUUGUUUUUUUUUGUUUUUUUCACCUCUUCUUUUUGCUCGCGUUUAUUUGCUUUUUUUCACUCUAUUAUUUCUUUCCUUCCCUAGUAUCAGUAUCAGUAUCAGUAUCAAUUACCAGUUUCCUGCUUG